UUUUUAAUUUUAGGUAUCCAAAAAAUAAACGAAUCCCCUCCUUUAAUAACACCGAGCUCUCCGAGUAUGAUAAGAAAAUUUGCUUCAUCGCCCACUCACACAUCAAGGAAAAUUUCGAGUCCAAAUUUGUUGAAGUCGUCGUCGCAUCAAAGCCCAAAACAUUCCCCCGCCCACAUUACAAGUUCUCCAAAACACACAAUCGGAAUUUCAAGCCCGAAAAGUCAUGGGUUAAGCCCCAAGCAUCCCUCGACAAGCGGAAGUGGCAAACCAAGCAUGUCGACGUUAAAAAACGCGGCGAAUUCACCAUCGAGUAAAAGCGAAAAUAAAAAAUCUUCGAGCAAGGAUUCGUCAUCUCGGGAUAAAGACAAAAGAUUAUUUUCAAACUCAACGAAGAAAAUUGAUAAAUCGAUGGUGAAGGUGAAACAAUUAGAUUUAAACGCGGGAUCAAACGAGAUAAUGGGGCAACUCCCCGAUGGGUUAAUCUCCCCCACUGGGUUAGAUAUGUCGAAGAACGCCAAUGUAGCAAGAAAAAGUAAAGGGUUAUUAGCGGUUAUUGAUAAAUUAAAAUUAGCCCAAUCUGACACAGCCACUGAUUUAUCUAGUAAAAAUAAAGAUAAAAUAAUUUUUAAAGACGUCAAAAUAAACAACAAAAUGGGAGAGAAUAAAAACUCGGAAUACAUGGUAAAACCGAGUUCCGAUGGGAUCAAAAUAACAAUAAAUAAAACUCGCACGAAAGAUUCAUCAUCGAAAUGUUCUAAUUCUAAUAAAACAAGUACGAGUUUAUCGUCUUCUUCGGGAACGGGGUCUCCAAAAACGCACACCGGGUUAAAACCCGGCGUAAAUAGCGGCCCGGCUUCGAAAAAACCACAACAAUUAAGCAAAUCGAGUUCUGGGUCAAAUUUAAACUCAAAAUUAACCAACAAAACGAUAACUAACAAAAUUUCGAGCUCUUCGUUAAUUAAUAAAUCGAAAUCAAGUUCCGCAACCGAUUUACGAUUAAAAGAUAGGAUAAAACCCUCGAAAUCGGAUAAAUCAUUUUUUAAUAAAGACAGAAAAGGUUCCCCCACGCAACGUGACGACGAAUAUAAAUUAAAAUUGGAUCCGUACUCCUCAACGCCUUUGGUUGUUGAGGGAUUUGUUAAACAGUUGGAUAAAAAGUUUCAAAUUCCGAAACUUUCCGCUCGGACCACAUCCGAUGAUAAGAAGAUUAAAAAUUCCGUUGAAAACGAUAAUAAAGUUUAUGAUUUAUUUAAAAAUGAUAAAUACGCCAUUUCGUUGCCGGGGAAUAAAUUGGGUGUCUUUGAAAAUUCCCUCCGGUUAAAUAAUACCAGCCCGAAAUCUAAGGACGAUUUUUCCGAUGAUACGAAUAUGGUGGGGUUGAACUUUGCGAAUGUGCCGUUAAGUUUGUCGACGAAAACGAUGGAGUUGUCCAAGUUUAUUAUGCCGCCGCCUAAAGACGAUAAGAUUAAGGAAAAAAGGGAAUCGAAUGUUAACGCGGACGGGUUGGUCGAUUAUUCGAAAGAUUCGAAAAUUAACGCUAUUGGGUUUCCUUCUUCGCCGUCCGUUAGUGUUCACAUUGUUAAAUCUCCCGCUCCAAGUCCCAUGGUCAAUCCAAGCCCGCAUUCGGCGUCUUCGAGCAUCACCGACGACGAACUUAUGGACGAGGCUUUAGUUGGAAUAGGAAAAUAAUCAAGGUUAGUUUAUUUUUUUGUACAGGUUCAUUUUUUAGGGGCAGAUUUCAUUUUUUAAUUUUAUUUAACCUUUAAAAAUAUGACAUAACUGUCAGUGUGUAAUUGUCAAUUGAUACGAUCGAUGGGCAAAAGAUGGCGCUUAACAUUUUUUUGAUUCAUUCUAAAUAACUUAAUUUAAACUUAUAAUUCAAAUUAGCUUAGAUACAAUAUUUGAAUAAACAAUACUUGGAACUUAAAUAAUUUAAUUUCGUAAAUAUUAAUAUUAAUUAGAAUCGUCAAAAAUAUGUAAUAUUUGCGUUGUCAAAACGUUGUUGCAGCACUCGAUAAGAGAUGGCGCUGGUAGUAAAUUAUGAAUUAAAUUGAAUUUGACAGUUUGGUAUAUUUAAGGUUAAAAUAAAUUUUAAUUAAUUUUUAGGGCACGGAACUUUUGUAACAAAACAAUACGAUUUCCCCCCUCCACUCGUUCUCGGCAGAAAAUUUCAUAGGAAAGUUGUUUCUCAAUAAAAAAAAUGUAUAAAAAUAUAUACAGUGUGUCCCCGGAUAGGUGAAACGACUUCGGAAUCAUCGGCCUACUUUAUAAGAUUAGAUGCUUUAUUAAGAUUUUUUGUUUUGAGAAUCAGAUUGUUUGGGAGAAAUAAACAAACCGUUCUUAAAAUGUUUACAAAAAAUUAAUUGUGUGUUCGCUCACAAAAGAAAACAGGUAAUCAUAAUUAACAGUUAAUCAGUUUCAUCAUAAUUUUUCUUUAGAGUGAAUACUUCCUGCUGUAAGAAAUGUUUUGAUUAAA